UGGGCGGUAGAGCCUAGAGGUUCUAUAAGAAGGGGGCAGAGGAGCGACUGAGAAAUGCAGGGAGCGAAAUCACCUAAAAAAGAGUGAUAGAGAGAAAAAUCUCUCUUGUUUGGCUUUUUUCCUCUGCAACUGUGUUUGAUAAAAAUUUUCUCGCUCUCUCUCUUUCCCCCUUCUCUGCAAUUCCCCGCUUCUCUGUAUCCCAUUCUGUCGAUCGUCUGUCUUUCAAGGAAUAUUUUGGGGUUUGUUUUCUUGGUGGGUUUAAGCUUAAAUCCUUUUAGGAAAAACAGGCAAAACAUUUGAAUUGAAAGCCAGGUGAUUCAGAAUAGAGAUCCAGGCUUGUUUUAUAGUUCCCUGUAUUUCUUUCUUUUUUAAGUUUUUAGUUUCAUCAACUUGGACGGUUUAUUUUUGGUCCCUCAAGGUUGGUCCUUUUUUUUUUUUUCAAGCUUUUAGCAUUUUGGUUUGUGCAAACAAAAAACCUCAUCUUCCUUUUGGUUUCUGUUAAUAUAAAACUAGUAGUCUAGUGCUCCCUGUUCUUGAAUUUUGUUAAGCAACAGGUUAAUUUCAGGAUCUUUGUCUUUUAUAGACUGAGAAAGGUAUGGCAGCAGCUGCAGAUUUCUACAAUAGCAGCACAGCACCAGGUUUCUCAAUUACGGAUCCUUGCAGGGAAGAACUCAUGAUGGCACUUGAACCUUUUAUGAAAAGUAGUUCACCAACCUCUACACUAGCCUCCCUUUCUUAUUCUUCACCAUCUCCCUCUACUUUUCCUUCUUCACCAUAUUCUGUCUCUUCUUACCCUUCUUGCUCUUAUGAAUCUCCAAUCUCUUCCCAGCCCAACUUUUACUUUGAUUUUUGUUCCCCAUCUAGUACCCACAUGUUUUCUCAAGGGUUCUCCAAAUACAACCAGCUGGAUUAUGAGCAAAAAGGUUCAAUAGGGCUCAACCACCUCACCCCUUCUCAAAUUCUCCAAAUCCAAGCUCAAAUUCACCUCCAGCAACAGCAACAACAACAAAUUGCCAAUCUUACCACUACUUCGCAUUUACUCCACAACCAAGGGCCCAGUUACUUGGCUCCAAAACCUGUCCCCAUGAAGAAAUCUGCCUCUCCUCCGAAGCCAACAAAACUAUAUAGAGGAGUGAGGCAGCGGCAUUGGGGCAAAUGGGUCGCUGAGAUCAGACUCCCCAAAAACAGGACAAGACUCUGGCUUGGCACUUUUGACACAGCUGAAGAGGCAGCCUUGGCUUAUGACAAGGCAGCUUAUAAGCUAAGAGGAGAAUAUGCCAGGCUGAACUUUCCCCAUCUUCGCCACCAAGGAGCUCAUGUCUCUGGAGAAUUUGGCGACUACAAGCCUCUCCACUCCUCUGUUGAUGCAAAGUUACAAGCGAUUUGUCAAAGCUUGGCUGACUCGCAGAAGCAGGGGAAAACCGGGGAGCGUAGCUCAGCUGAUGAUUCGAAGACAAUUCUAUCAGCUCCUUCACAGGAGAAGAAGGAAGACGAGUACUGUGUGAAAAGUGAAUUGAAAAGCGAGUUCGAUACUUUUGGAGUUGAUGAUUAUAAGGUGGAGAUUUCAGCGGCAUCACCAGCACCAGCUUCAUCUGAUGAGUCCUUACCUGGUUCUUCUUCACCUCAGUCUGAGAUUUCAUUCUUGGAUUUCUCUGAAUCCUCCCGGUGGGAUGAGACCGAGAAUUUUAGUUUGGAGAAGUACCCUUCAGUGGAGAUUGACUGGGCAGCCCUUUAAGUUUCAAUUACUAUGUAAUCUUUUUGGUCAGCUUUCUUUUCAGGUUUAUUUUGGUGUCCUACGUAGCUUCUGCAAUGAAGUUUUUGGCAUUUGCAGAGCUGCAAUUAGGGUCAGUCCUAGACAUAUAUAUAUAUAUAUAUAAGUAUCGAGUCGAUGUUUACAUGUUGUAUUUGUAUGUCCAUAUGUAAGAGCCACCUCUCUAUCUUGGUCUUGCUGCUACUUUUUUUCGUUGCUUGACCAUAGGAGAGUUUUGGGUUUGUAAUUUUAUGUCAGUGUAAUUAAGCAUCAUCUUUCAAUAUAUAAAUGUAUCUUUUUUCCUGUAA